AAGUGAUUCUCUAAGACGAAAAAACGUAAAAAAAUACUCUCAAAAAUUCGUUCUGCUUUUUAAUCGUUAUUUUCACUUGUUCUCACGGUAUUUUUGGCGCCUCUUGAACGUCACCUAAAAUAUUUGGUUAUUAUGAAUAUUAUGGAAUUAAAGCCGAGACUUUCACGAGAAGACACACCAGAUGUUCUAUCACUUAAAGAAAUGUUCGAAGCUUAUUGUCAUUUGGACCCCGUUUCUGACGCAAUGGGUGUCAAACAUCUGCCCUUCUCCCAACUGAGUAUCUGGCUUGAAUCAGCAAAAAUAAUCGACAUGAAUCGAGUGACGAAGACCGAUGCUUAUGUUUGUUUUUUCAAAUUCGAGAAGCGUGCAAUAAAUUACGAGGAAUUCCUUUUAUACCUUGAGGAUUUGGCGAAGGAAAGGCACGUGGACCUCAAGGAGAUGAAGCAGAAGUUGAAAUCUUGUGGAAAACCAAAAGGGAAGGAUCACUUGCCAAAACGCGAAACUUCCAACAAAAUUUGAAUCAAAAUUCUAUGGUGUAUUGAA